AUGAACGGCGACGCAUAUUCUUCCAGAGACUCCGGUCGCUCUAGGGAUCAUUAUAGGGACGAAAGAAGGGAUCGAGGUGAACGUGAUAGAGGCGAACGUGAUAGAGGCGAACGACGACGCUCCAGAUCGCCGCACCACGGCCCCGGACGAGGUUCGCGCCGUGAAGCGGAGGGAGACUCAUAUUCAUCCAGUCGCGAUUACAGAGCCAGAGAACGCGAAGAUCGGUAUUCGGGUCGACGAGACGAGCGAGAAUGGGACAGAGAUCGAGGUGACCGUCGUCGCCGGGAUCAUGAUGAACGGCCAGCGCGACGAGAACGUGGCGAUCGGGGCGAUCUCUUCGAGGACCGACCACGUCGCCGAGAGCGUGAGGGACGAGACAGAGGAGAACGAAAACGAAGCGCAACUCCUCCCAAGAAGAGGGAGCCAACACCCGAUUUGACGAAUAUUGUAUCUGUCUUGGAGCGAAAACGUCGUAUGACACAGUGGGAUAUCAAGCCUCCUGGCUACGAUAAUGUCACUGCUGAGCAGGCUAAGCUCUCGGGCAUGUUCCCGCUCCCAGGAGCGCCUCGUCAGCAGGCAGUCGACCCAAGCCGCCUUCAAGCUCUUGUGAACCAGCCCUCAGCGACGACCACCGAGAGUUCUACUUUGCGACCAGCCAAUUCAAGACAAGCCAAGCGCUUGUUCGCUUACAAUCUUCCUCCCAACGUAACCGAUGCAGCUCUUAUCUCAUUCUUCAACCUGCAACUCAAUGGGUUGAACGUGAUUGAGGGUAUAGAUCCAUGCGUUUCUUCCCAGAUUUCAAAGGAUCAUGCGUUUGCACUCUUAGAAUUCAAGGGUCCCAAUGAGGCUACUGUCGCACUUGCCUUGGACGGCAUCUCGAUGGAAGAGCAUGAAGCAGCAGCUACUACCAACGGCGGCGCUCGAGGCUUGGAGUUGCGUCGUCCCAAAGACUAUAUCGUCCCAUCCUCUCCCGAGGAUCAGCAGCCGUACCAAGAGGGUGUUAUUUCCAAUCAGGUCCCUGACUCUCCAAACAAGCUAUGCGUGACAAACAUUCCUCUUUAUAUUCCAGAAGAGCCAGUCACCAUGCUCUUGAAGUCUAUUGGCGAGUUGAGAGCUUUUGUUUUGGUCAAGGAUAGUGGUACAGAUGAGUCUAGAGGUAUCGCAUUCUGCGAAUACGUCGAUGCGACGGCGACUGCCAUCGCAGUGGAGAGUCUGAAUGGCAUGGAACUAGGUGAUAAGCAUCUCAAGAUCACACAUGCCAGUAUUGGAGUUACCCAAGCAGCUGGCCUUGAUAUGGGCGUCAACGCGAUGUCAAUGUUCGCCAAGACAACAUCUGCAGAUCUAGAGACCACCCGUGUCCUUCAAUUGUUGAACAUGGUCACAGCGGAUGAACUGAUCAACAAUGAAGAUUACGAAGAAAUCCUUGAGGACGUGCAGGACGAGUGCAGCAAGUACGGCCAAGUACUCGAUCUCAAGAUUCCGCGACCAGCUGGCGGUAGCCGACAGUCUGCUGGUGUGGGCAAGAUAUUCGUCAAGUUUGACACAGUGGAGUCAGCAACCAAUGCAUUAAAAGCGCUUGCGGGACGAAAGUUUUCUGAUCGCACAGUUGUGACGACCUAUUUCCCAGAAGAGAGUUUCGAAGUAGAUGCGUGGUAA